AUGGGACAGAUUUUCAAGUCUCCUAUUUACAUCCUUUCUUUAAACAAUUAUUUGUCACUUCUAACCAUGAUGAAAGCCUGGCAAUUAGUCGAUAUUAAUGGUGAGGUGAUCAAUGAAGAAGAUAUUUCAAGUGUUGGUUCUGAUUGGUCAUUCAUGCAAUUCGAUCGAGAUGAUGGAUAUCCAAGUCGCCCACAUUCGGUAGCUGGUCGACAAUCAGACACUGAAUUUGAAUAUAAAUCUCGUUCACCUUCUGCAAACAGUGAUUAUAACUGCUAUAGCUCUCAUUGUAGUCUGGACAGAUACAAUGAGCCUCCCGUAAGAUCCAAAAAUGCCAACAAAUCAUCAAAGAACAAACAUUUGUCUGGAAAUAAUCCUGGAAAUACAGUUAUUCCUAUAACAUCAAAAACCGAAAUAUUAAAAUCUCAUCCACGUAAUGGAUUACGACCUGGUCAUAUACAUCAGUCCUCCGCUAGAAAUUCCAAUGGAACACGUCAAGCGUUGGCACGUUGGAAUGCUUGUCGUAAACAAAAUAAUCAUACAAACCUAUGCGUUGAUUCUCAACGUUCCAAAUGUUUACGCCGUGGUCCACUAAUCAAUCAUGGUUUUCAACGUCGUCAAGUUCGGAUGGGAAACGGUGGCCAUAUACCUCAUCAAAGAAGUUAA